UUCGAAUGUAGUUUUUUACAAGACACAUGUUAAGUUAGCUCUUUUUGCGUCCACAGUUCAUUUGCUCCUUUUAGCGUUACGUGUCGCUUUUCCGUUACGUAGCUGACUUUGCCAUUACGUAGGUACGUAAGUACCGUUGUGCAUUGCAUUUCGCUACAAAAUGCCCAAAUAUUGUGCGAAAAGUUGCAGUUGAUAAAUUCAAAUGUUAUGCUCUGCAUUUGCAUUUGUUGUUGUUGUCGUUGUUGUUGUUUUUGCCGUACACGUUGCAAGGGCUUGGACAGGGCAAAAUGGAACAGGAGAUUGGCACCUGGGACUCAGUUCUGCUGGAAAACCUGUCCGAGGAUAGCUUCAUAAGCAACAUACAUCAGCGUUAUAAGCGCGAUCAUAUAUAUACCUACAUUGGAACUUCUGUUGUGGCUUUGAAUCCAUAUCAUCACAUAUCUGAGCAUUCGUUGGAAAAUAUACGCAACUAUGGCAAUAAAGGCAUUUUUCAGCUGCCACCACACAUCUAUGGGCUUACCAAUUUGGCUUAUCAGUCUCUUAAGGAUCAGAGCGAGGAUCAGUGCGUGCUGCUCACUGGCGAAGGAGGCGCUGGCAAAACGGAGACCUUUAAAAUGAUUGUCAAUUUUCUUACACACAUACAGGAUCGUGCGCUUUGCACUGGCAACCCAAAUGAACUACGCAAACAGUCCUCGGGCAGCUCAACGAGUGGCAUGGGCAUGCAUGCCCAUCGACGUGCCUCGAGCAGCUGCUCUGGCACAGCCAAUUUUAUCAUAUGCAAAAACAACGCAGCUUCCGCAUCCAGUCAAGGCAGCACAUCCAAUUCACGUCGCCAGUCGCCGUCACCGGUUCCGGGUCCGGGGCCAGGUCCGACACAGCGCUCGCGAAUGCGUUCCGAGAGCAUCGAGCGCCAAGCCAGGCGCAAUAUGCGUGAAAAAAUUGUUGACUUUGAUUUUUCGCAUCACAAAAGCACUGAGAAUAUCAGCACGCUGCUGGAAUCAGCCGCUUCGCAUGGACAUUUGCAUCCAACGAAAUCAUGCUUCAAGCAUCAACAGACACAAGUAAACACCUGCACUGCCACUUAUGGGCCACUGGCCGGGACGCCCUCAAGAACGGGCUCUUCCAGCACGUCGCCCAAGUACUUGCACGGCGGCUGCCGUCAGUGCGGCCACAGCAAAUGCACACGCGCCCAAAGCCUGGAGAAGGAGGAGCGCGACGCCGCUCUGAUAUUGCUGCGGGGCAGCAAUAGCCGCCUGUCCACUGCCAAUCAACUCCAGCAACCUCAACGCGGUAGCUGUUCAAAUCUAGUGCGACAGCAGUCAACCGAAAGCCAAUCGGAGCGACAGUUGUCCAUGGGCUCCACGCAACGUAUAUCGCUGUACGAUGCACACAAGCUGAGCAAAGUGCUCGGUAGCACCAAUGUUUCGCCCACUCCCUCGGCUAGCUCCUCGUUGCAUCGACGUCACAAGUCGCCCAGCCAGCGGCUGCGAGAGUGCGUCACCUGCGCAGAUGUCUUCCUGGAGGCCAUGGGCAAUGCCUGCACACUAAAGAACAACAACUCCAGCAGAUAUGGCAAACUGUUUGACAUUGAAAUUGACUUCAAGGGAGAUCCCAUGGGUGUUCACAUAACCCACUAUAUGUUGGAAAAGACUCGCAUCACGGAUACUGUAAUUGGCGAGCGCAAUUUUCACAUAUUUUAUCAAUUGCUUUUGGGUGCGGAUCUCCAGUUACUAAAAUCUCUGAAGCUCUUUCGCAAUGUGGAAAAGUAUGAACUGCUGCGUAAUACAACUGCCAUGGAAGAGGAUCGUGCCAAUUUUCAUUACACAAAGCGCUCUCUGGACGUGCUUGGUUUGAGCUGUGAUGAGACUAACUCUAUUUUUCGGGUUAUUGCCGUGGUCCUGAAGCUGGGCAACUUCAUGUUUGUGCCUGUGACCAACAUUGAUGGCACCGAAGGCUGUCAGGUUUCCAAUGUCUAUGAAGUGCAAGAAACAGCGCAACUGCUCAAUUUAGAAGCUCAAAUUUUAAUCAAUUGCCUGACGAGAGCGAACAGCACGAGCAGCACACAGGAGGAUGUUGGCUGUGAAAUGGAUGCCAGGCAGGCGGCCAGCAAUCGGAACACGCUCUGCCGUACGCUCUACAGUCGCCUAUUUACCUGGCUGGUCAAUAAGAUCAAUGAGACAAUGAAGUCCACGCAGCGUGAAAAGAAUCUUGCCCUGCUCGACUUUUAUGGCUUUGAGGUGCUGGAUCACAAUUCCUUCGAGCAGUUUGCUAUUAACUACAGUGCCGAAAAAAUCCAUCAGAACUUUGUGUUUAAUGUAUUGCGCUCGGAGCAGGAGCUGUAUUUGCGGGAGGGCUUGGAUUGGUCGCGCAUCGAUUACUUUGACAACGAGUCCAUAUGCGAACUGAUCGAUAAGCCCAGCUAUGGCAUUUUAAGUCUAAUCAACGAACCCCAUCUGAACAACAACGAAUCACUGCUGCUGCGCAUACAGCAAUGCUGCGCAGGGCAUCCCAAUUUCAUGACUAGCGGCAGCAAUUCCAUGUGCUUUCAGAUUCGCCACUUUGCCAACGUUGUUAACUAUUCAAUACAUCGGUUUUUGGAAAAGAACUCGGACAUGCUGCCGAAAUAUAUAAGCUCCGCCUUUUAUCAGAGCCAACUAACGCUGGUGCAGAGCCUAUUCCCGGAGGGAAAUCCGCGCCGGCAGGCCAGCAAAAAGCCAACAACGCUCAGCACCAACAUACGCACGCAGCUCCAAACAUUGUUGGCCAUUGUGAAGCAUCGUCGCGCCCAUUAUGUGUUCUGCAUUAAGCCCAACGAAUGCAAGCAGUCGCAUCAGUUUGAUUUGGCCUUGGUGCAGCAUCAGGUGCGCUACAUGUCGCUUAUGCCGCUGGUGCAUCUCUGUCGCACUGGACACUGCUACCAUUUGCCGCAUGUCAAGUUCUUUCAACGCUACAAGCUGCUCAACAGUUUGACCUGGCCGCAUUUUCACGGCGGCAGCCAGGUGGAGGGCAUUGCUCUGAUCAUACGUAAUCUGCCGCUGCCGUCGGCUGAGUUUACGCUCGGCACCAAGAAUGUGUUCGUGCGGAGUCCACGGACCGUCUACGAGCUGGAACAGUUUCGCCGCCUGCGCAUCUCCGAGCUGGCCGUGCUCAUACAGAAGAUGUUUCGUAUGUAUCAUGCCAGAAAGCGUUAUAGGCGCAUGCGCCACAGCCAAAUGGUCAUCUCGAGUGCGUGGCGCACGUGGCGUGAGUGCCGUUUCGGCAUUCCCUUCACGGGCCGUAGGCACUUGUGGAGUUUAUAUCGUGUCGCACGCGAGGAAUAUCGUUCGUUGAAGUACAAGCGCCAAGUCAAAUGGGCCGUCGAUGUCAUUGCGCGUAACUAUCACCAGUGGAAGAUACGACAGUAUCUGCUCACGAUUCCCUUGCGACUGCCGCCGAACACACUGAGUCCGCUUUCCUUGGAAUGGCCAGCGGCGCCUGGCUUUCUGGCGGAUGCAUCGCGUCUGCUGCGCGCCAUCUAUCAUCGCUGGAAGUGCUACAUAUAUCGCAACUCGUUCGAUCAAACGGCUCGCAAUCGCAUGCGAGAAAAGGUCACUGCCAGCAUUAUAUUCAAGGAUCGCAAGGCAUCCUAUGCGCGCAGCGUGGCUCAUCCCUUUGUGGGCGACUAUGUGCGUCUGCGCCACAAUCAGCAGUGGAAGAAGAUUUGUGCCGAGACCAAUGAUCAGUAUGUGGUAUUUGCAGACAUCAUUAACAAGAUAGCGCGCUCCAGUGGCAAGUUUGUGCCAAUUUUGCUGGUGCUGUCCACAUCAUCGCUGCUUCUGCUGGACCAGCGCACGCUUCAAAUCAAGUAUCGAGUGCCUGCCUCGGAGAUUUAUCGCAUGUCCCUGAGCCCUUAUCUGGAUGACAUUGCCGUGUUUCACGUGAAAGCGUCUGAAUUUGGUCGAAAGAAGGGGGAUUUUGUGUUUCAAACGGGCCAUGUCAUCGAAAUUGUUACCAAAAUGUUUCUGGUCAUACAAAAUGCCACGGGCAAGCCGCCAGAGAUACAUAUAAGCACUGAAUUUGAGGCAAACUUUGGACAGCAGACGGUCAUCUUCUCAUUCAAAUACGGCGGCUUAUCGGAUUUGGCACAAGGGCCGCCAAAAGUCACGCGCAAGGCAAAUCGCAUGGAGAUAAUUGUCUGAUCAUUGAAUUUGCUGCAUAAUUGCGCCUUGGUUUGGUUAGUGUGCGGUCAGUUAUGGGAUCUCAAGUUUUUAUAUCAAUUAUAUUCAUUUCCAAGCAAUCCGCAUGCACUUAUUAGGUCUGUUGACUUGGUCCCGGGGACCAAAACAUCAUUUUAACAAUAUUUACACACACCUACACACACACACACACACACACACACUGACUCAAAUAUAAUAUUAUUUUGCUCACAACUGACAAUCAGUCUCAAAAAAUUCGUUGUCAAAAUUGUGCCAAAAUGAAAGAGAGAGGGGGAGGGCAGGGGGGUAAAUAACUAAUUUAAAUCAGCACCAUUUCUUUGAUAUACUUAAGUAAUAACUAACGAAAUGAACAACUGAAUUUAUUUAACUAAUUUUUCAAACUAGGUUUAAUUGUAAGUCAAGCACCAAGUCGAUUAAAAUUGCAACAAAGAACUACGUUAGGAACGUGGCACAGUGAAGCGUUAGACAUAUUUUACACAAAAUACGAUCUUUCCGUUAUAGAAACCAAAAGCAUUUCUCUUACAUUUAAGGUUUCAUACACAAUAAUUAGUGAACUAAUGCUAUAGAACUCAUACAACCAUAUAUAUAUAUAUAUAUAUAGCUCUAUAUUUACUGAACACAAUAUGAAUCUGCGCCUCAAAACCCAGUGAGAGAUAGAAAGAAAAAACUCGUGUGAAACAUUUUUUUCCAAAAUGUUAAUUAGGAAAACCUAUUUACAAGCCACAAAACAUGUAGUUAAAUAUUUAAAAAAUAUAUAUACAUAUAAAAUGGAUAAUUCAAUUAUACAUAAAUGACAAAUGGCAACCGGAACCGAAACAAUAUGAAACCAAACAAAAACAAAAACAAAUUUUACGAAUGUUUGUUACAACAGUUGGUCGUACUUACAUAUACUAUGCUGUAGUUGUUUAUAUAACUAAGUAUCUUGUUAUUGAUAGCUCAGACAGAGAUCAAAUGUAACUAACACGUCGAUAUAUAGUUGAAUUUCAUGAACUGCAAUGGAUCAGAGUGUGUAUAUUAGCAACACGAUGCCGAAUAUCUGUGUGUAUGUAUGGAAAUAGUUUUUAUUUAGAUUUAAAUUACAUCAUACAAUACUCUAAAAAGCCAAAUACAGACAAGUAUCUAUAUAUAUAUAUAAACACAAUCCAACCAGUUGGUAGUUUAUAAAACGAAAUAAAACGAUAAGAACAAAGUUUAGUAAUAAUAAAGCGUACGCAUGGAAAAGUU